GUCGUCACCACGACGGCACACACAGUGGCAGACAGGCGUGUUCUGAGGACACCCUACUGCAUCCUUCCUGGUCCGGAGGAGUCGGGCAGGGGGAGGUCCAGAUGCCAGGCUGAUGGUAUGGGGCUGAGCGAGGCCGGAGACACACACACACACACACGUGCACAUGCACAUACGUGUUCACACACACACACACACACACACCCACCCGCCCUCCCCAUCAAGUGAAAGAGGCUAUAGAGCUGCGAGCACAUCUGUCCUCUCCUCAGAGUGUCUUCAGCCAGAGAAGAGAACGGACAGAAGAGAGAGACAGAGAGAGGGAGAGAGAGACUGAGUGAGGGAUCCAACUCGGAGAGGAAAGAGAGAAGAGAGAGAGACAACAGGCAACAGGCAACAGGACUGAAGGACUUUUACCUGCCGUGACUGAGCAGCUGGAGAACAGAGUCAGACCCUUUAACCAGCGAGCACCUGUGUGUUGCCACCGGGACCUUCUCCCCCGUCUCAGGGACCUUCACGUCCAUCUCAGCCCAUCACCGGGACCUUCUCCUCCGUCUCAGGGACCUUCACGUCCGUCUCAGCCCAUCACCGGGACCUUCUCACCUGCAGGAGAGAUGAGCUUAGGAGCAGCAUGCAUUUUCAUCCGGGGAGGAAAGAUAGACAGAGAACUGGCAGAUGAUGAGAUUGAAGAGCUGCGUGAGGCGUUUGAUGAGUUCGAUAAGGACAAGGACGGCCUGAUCAGCUGCAAGGACCUGGGCAACCUGAUGAGGACCAUGGGCUACAUGCCCACCGAGAUGGAGCUCAUCGAGCUCAGCCAGAACAUCAACAUGAACCUGGGGGGCAGGGUGGACUUUGAGGACUUUGUGGAGCUGAUGGCCCCAAAGCUGCUGGCAGAGACGGCAGGCAUGAUCGGAGUCAAGGAGCUCAAAGACGCCUUCAAAGAGUUUGACAUGGACGGCGACGGGGAGAUCACGACGGAGGAGCUGCGGGCGGCCAUGACCAAGCUGAUGGGCGACGCCAUGAGCCGCCGCGAGAUCGACGCCGUCGUCAAGGAGGCCGACGACAACGGAGAUGGCACCGUCGACUUCGAGGAGUUUGUCCAGAUGAUGUCUCGCCAGUGAGAGAGGAUAUGGACACACACUGUACACACACAAACAAAUGUUAUGCUGCGUUUCUGAUUACCUGCGCACAAACGAUACAUAUCAAAAAGCAACAAUUCUGAUUUUAUACACAAAAAAGAUUUUUUUUUGUUUUUUAAAUCUAGCCUGAAUAUAAUGAUUAUUUUUAUAGCUGUCUCUCUCUGGCCCCUUUGUGUUGACGUAAGUGUGGAUAAAUCUGUAUAUACCGCAUUUGGAUUAUGUCUGUGAUGAUGAACACUUUUCCAAAUCUGUUUGGAAUCAUAUUUGUGUACCAAUA